AUGGCUUCUGAUUCGCUUUUUCUUCUCUUUUUUCUUUCCACCAUAACCCUCUCUCAAGCAGGUGUAAACAUAGACUGCGGAACGUCAUUAUCGGGCGUAGAUGCCAACAACAUAAAAUGGGUCGGGGACAAAGACUUCAUCACAUCCGGAGAAUCGGCCACGGUUGCUUCCACCACCGUCAAGAAAGCCCUCACCACACUCAGGUACUUCCCCACCGGCGAAUCCAACUGCUAUAAAAUUCCGGUAACAAAAGGCGGAAAAGUCCUAGUGCGAACGAUGUUUUACUAAGGAAACUAUGACGGGAAGUCUUCAUCCCCAACCUUCAGCGUAGUUUUUGAAGGGAAACACCGAGGCACCGUGUCAAUAUCUUCAGCAUUCGCACCGUACACUUUGGAGCUGAUAUAUGCUCCGGCCAGCGGAGAGACAAACGUAUGUUUUGUGCGUACCUCUUCGUCAUCAAGCCCAUUUGUAUCAUCCAUUGAAGUUGUUGACUUGGCCGCUGGCAUGUAUGACGGACUGGGUCCCGGUGAAGGUUUAUCUUACCAACAACGAAUUGCGUAUGGCACAAUAGAAACUAUAAGAUCGGAUCUUUACGGUAGGUUCUGGCUUCCUCCCGAGCUAAACAUAUUAUUGACAGGAGUACCAUCCUCGGCUGCAUCUAUCGAUACCUCUGAUGCAUCAAACAAGCCGCCUGUGUCCAUUCUCCGUAACUCUUGGAGCGGGGAUAGCUUAGCACUAGUCGACCCCACUCUUCCAACGGGAGGAGUUCCUGUUUACUUGGCUAUGUAUUUCUCGGAGCCUAUCCAGAUGAGUGUACGAUCGUUCAACAUUUUAUUUGGCACUAAGAAAGUCGGCACGGGUGCAGUUGUGCCAGUGUAUGGAAAAGCUACCCAAGUGGUAGUCAGAGACGUCCUGGCCAGCUCGAGCUCCCAGCUAGUGUUCCAGUCCACAACUGGUGCGCUUUUACCGCCCAUGAUUAAUGCGUUGGAGCUUUAUGUGAUAAGUUCUGGUAAAAGCGGAGAAGGAAGCGAAAAUGGAGGUGGAAGCGGAUCAGGAACAGGUGGUGGUGGUGGAGGAGGCGGAUCUGGGAGCGACGGACCUGGAGGCUCUGGUGGGACUGGAAAAGGACAAGCGGGAGGAAGCAAUGAAGGGAGCUCAGGUGGGUCAACCAAUGAAGCAAAGAAAACUAAACUGCCAAUUAUAGUCGGUGCGGUAUCCGCGGUAGUGUUUGUUAUUAUCGUAUAAGCUAUCGUUGCUAUUGUCUUGGCAAAUCGUCGCAAAUCAAGGCUGCAAGGACUGGCAUUGCCAACGUCCACAGUUGCUCAAACGGGGACUGGAGCAUCCCCAUUUGGACAAAAGACAGGGAACGAAGCUAACCAGUCUACAAAUGAGGCAGACAUGGGAGAUAUCGACGACCUGAUUGGAGUAAAUCACUCGUAUGUAACGCAACAACAUUGA